UAAGCAUCCUGAAAAAAGGCACGGACCUGAAAGAGAGCUUGUGUGAGAAAAUAUAUAAUCUCGGCGCGCAGGUAGAAAAAAGAGCGAGACCGUCGGGGGCUCAGGUGAUUGUUUGUUUGGCUCGCGAGCAGAGGCACGCCAGCGGAGGCAUUCAAGAAUCACUUGUCAAAAUAGAGAUGGGGACGCGCGUCCAAAGCGCCAUCCACUCGGACAAGACCCUCUCAGGCGUGUCCGGUCUGCUUGAGGACCUGCGGAGAUUGCUGGAAGACAAAGAUUCGGCUGAUAUUGUUUUUCUGCUGGGCAGAGAAGAAAGCCCCGUUUAUGCGCACAGGCUCAUUUUGGCCGCGAGGUGCACAGCUUUUCAAGGCAUAAAACGCGGCGAAAUCUGUCGCAUUCCUGGUACCACUGUGACCGCAGGCACAGCAGGAGCGCCGGCCACAGUCCGUUUGCCGCAUUAUUCCGAGGCCAAUUUCCGCACCUUCCUAAUUUACGUUUACACUGGAAAGUUGGUUCUUCAAGACAGUGGCGUUUUCGAAAUGAUGGGUUUGGCUCACGAGUUGGGCCUCGAGGAGCUCAGGGUGAGUUGCGAGGACCACGUGACGUCAACCCUGGCCGUGGCCAACGCGUGUACCUUCCUCGCCGCCGCCCUUGAUAUGCACGAGCGGUCAGCACCCCACGGCGGACGAGGUGCCAAAAAUUUUCUCGACACGUGCAUUUCCUUCAUCGCAGAAAACGCCAUCGAGUGCUUCAAAACCAACAGUUUCCUGUCCCUGAGCAAAGAGGCGCUCAUCAAAGUUAUUUCGUCGGAUUUUUUGGCGGUUGAGGAGGAGGAAGUCUGGAGGGCCGUUCUGGCGUGGGCCAAGAAUCAGGCUGGUGUCACUCAACCCACCGCCCACUGGGCCGAAGAGGAGCGCGCCCGUGUUUGCCAACACCUUGCUGGGGUCAUCAACCACGUUCGACUACUGCUCAUUGAUAGCCAAGUUUUUGCUGAGGAGGUAGAACCAACAGGCGCCGUGCCAAUUGAACUUUCGCUGGAAAGGUAUCGAUUCGCCGCCCUGCCCAACAAAUUCCGGGAGCAAUCCGAGGACAAGAGGUACCAGCCAAGGAUGUCUUGCAGCCUCUUUCCCGGCUCUCAAAUCCUAAGCCUCACAGGCUCAAACUCUUUUGGCGACCAGGACAAAUUGAGCUAUCAGCGCAUCUUGAAUGAAUGGUACGGAAACCCGAAGCAGCAAUGGCGCCUGGUUUUCAGGGCUUCGGCACACAAUUUCUCGGCUCAGGCAUUUCACAGAAUUUGCGACGGCAUCUCACCUACCUAUACAAUUGUUGCGAGUAAACAGGGACACAUUUGUGGCGGUUUUAGCAACGUGCCGUGGGAAAGGCCCCAGAGCAAAGGUUACUUUGCCUAUUCUGACAAAGCCUUCCUCUUCACCUUGGCCAACAAUCAGGAUAUUCCACCGACAAAAUUCCCAGUGGUCAAAAGAAUGUUUGCCGUGGUUUACGUUCCGAACUGUGGGCCUGUAUUUGGAGCCGGCGCUGACUUGUCCAUUAGCAACAAUUGCAACCGAAAUACUGAGAGCUACUCGAACCUGCCUCACACUUACGAUGGCGAAGGCGCCACCAUGAACACCCUGAUGGGCGGCUACAACUUCCAGGUGCAAGAUUACGAGGUUUUCACGACAAGCAGCAACUGAGAUUUGAUUCGACUGUAUAAGAUAGAACUUAAUAAAUAUAAAUUGGUUUAAAAAAUUUAAAUGAAAGAGACAUUCGGUAUAUUUUGCACAAUAACGAUAUUAAUGAUUUAUUAUUUUAACUUGACAGAUUUCCAUUUAUUGUAUAAUAAUAAAGGAAAAAAUGCAGAGAUCGGAAAGCUGCCAGCUUAAAAUUAUUAAUAAACAGUUCAAUAUUUUUUUCCUUUUAAAUAUGGCAUUAAAUACAACAAGAAGCAAAUCAAUUAUUUUGGAAUAUUCAAAUAUUAGUUAAAAUUUAAUAUGCAACAAAAUUUUAAAU